AUGGAACUGAUGGCAGAUGUUCAGUGCAAAAGCACCUUUAAGGUCGAAAAUGGAAAGAGCCCGCUGAUGAGAAGCAAACCACGCACCACCAAGAAGAAGCAUAAAAAGGAAUCAGCGCAACCGCACGAUUCGACUUUGGAUCGUCUAGAGCUCGAAUAUACCUUAAAGGAGUCUAUUAAUUACAAACUUGUGGACAAUCAUGAAAGAUAUACGCUAUCUAUUCCUCUAGAAAUGUUCAGAAGAAACAUAGAGUACUUGGGAGAUAUUCUAGAGAAAAUAACAGAGAAGUCAAGUUUUUUGAGAGAGAGUUUUUGGUACACAGUAUGUCGCUUUGUCUACGGUGCUGUGAACAUAAAUGAAAUCGAGGAUCGGUAUCCUGCCCUCGUCAACUUCGGCCAAGUCUACAAUCAACUUGGACUUCAUUCACAUGUGACGUUGACAGUGGAGCAACCCGCUAUCAGGUACUAUGGCCAGGUCAGGUGCUAUAGCCAGGUCAUUUUUUCAGCAUGCGAAACAUUAGCAACCAGUUAUGAGAAUUAUUAUGUUGAAAACUUCGAGGACCUGAUUGCUAAAUACUUGCUUUUCUUCAUUAAAGCAACCUUCCCUAGUAUCAAAAUGACGCCGAUGAAAGACCUUGUCAUGAUCGUUUACUGGACCAUUUAUUCACUCAAUGCUGAUUGGGAACGCUUUGAGAUCCGCAAUAGGUUGCCUAGGAUUCCCGUGCCCAAAGCAACUCUGAUAGACGCCUCUCAAAUAAUCAUACCUUUGUUUCGUCAACUUUUACAGAAUUAUCGAGCGUUUGAAACUGCUCAAGCGGACGCUCAAGCAGAGCUUGUUGAUCGUAUUGUUGUACCACACGAUGGAGAAAUCAGUGCUGAAGAUAUUGCAGUUCUUCAUGAUGACUUGGAAACUGUGCGUCACCAGCAGCGAAGCACUCCUCGCAAAUUCUCUAUGUUCCCAAAUUCCAGCCUUGAAUGGAGAUCAAUAAUUGACCCAGAGGACAUCUUUCCCUUUUUUGGGGCAUGA